AUGUCAGGUAUCAACAUCAACAUCAAUCUGAAUCUAGAUAAGAAUAAGUAGAGUUAUAUUUAUAAACUAGAGAGUUGCCAAAAGCAAAGUAGAUAAAAUUUGCAAUGGAGAACCAAAAAAAAAGAAGAAGAAGAAGAAAUUAAACAAAUCAAAAUAAACAACAUAUUCUCCUAUUCCUUGGGGAUUAAAUUAAGAAAGACUUAAAAAAUACAUCUAUGCUCAAAUGGUUAAGAGAGAUAAUCUAUUGUAUCAAGAACAAUUAAGGAAAGUCAAAUUUGAAGAACCAAAAUAAGAUCGUAGAGAGAUUUUAGGAGUCUCAUUUUUAAAUCAUCUACCUAAAAGAAAAAUUAAAUAGAUGAUAAAUAGUAGUAAACUUGAAUAUGAUUUAUUCUUUUUAGAGUAAAAGAUUAAUGAGGAUGAGGAAUAAAUGUAUUAUUAACCAAAAUUUAAUGAAUAAUAAAUACAGGAAAUUAGAAUGUAUUAAGAAUGGAAACGAAAACAAAUUUAAUUUGAAUUGUAAUUCAAAAAAUAAUAAGAAUUACAAAGAUAAUCUAAAAUCUAAUAAAACUUAUAGAAUUUAAACGAAUAUAUUAAAUGUAGAUACAAAACAAUAAUUUACAAUAGAUCGAAAUCAUACAACAUCUGUUCAUCAAAAGAAAUCAGUGUCUUUUCAUUAGAAAAAACGACCAAAAUCAUCUAUGGAUGAUAAGAAAAGAGAAUUAGUUAUUAAAUAUUAAAAUAUAGCAGAUAGAUAUGCUUAAUUUAAUAGAGAUACAAGAGAUAAUUAAAGUUGUUUAGGUUUGGUAUUGGAUAGUGAUUAAGAAGGUAUUUCUUAAAUGGAUUCAAUCCAUAAAAGUACUAGAAGAUAAAAUGUUAUUAUAUCUGAGCCAUCAUUAGAUGAAGAUGAUGAAUAAUAAAUACAAGAAUUGGGAAACUUAGAAAAAGAAAUGGCUCAAAUUAUUAAAGCAGCAAUAAUCAUUUAAAAAUUUUGGAGAGGUUAUAGAACAAGAAAUGAAUUAUAAUAUUAUUAGAAUUUUUUAGAUGAAGAUGAAAUGAAAUUGAAUUAAUUAACACCAAAUUUAAAUUAGACAUAAUCUUAUUUAUAACCAAUAAGUUAAUUAGAGAAGGAAUAAAGUGGAUUAAAUUCUUCUUAGAAGAGAAUUAAUAAAAAUGGAUUCAAUACUUUUAUUCAUAAACUGGAUUGGGAUGAAGAUAAAGAAAGUCAAUUUAGUUAAAAAAAAGUAUCAUCAAUUAAGAAAUUGUCUUAAUAGAAAUCUCAUCAUAAAAUAAUCAUUUAAAAGUCAAAAUAAUAAUGGCAUCUUAUGUUAGAAUAGAUUUCAUAACUAUAAAGAAAGGGUUCUAAAUAAGAUAUUAAGGAAGUAUUAUAAGAUUUGAAAACAUUUACUUUAUAAAUUGCAAAAGAAAUAGAUGGAGAAAUAAAUAUAGAUAAUAAAGAAAAAUAAUAAUAAUAAUAAUAAUAAUAAUAAUAAUAAUAAUAAUAAUAAUAAUAAUAAUAAUAAUAAUAAUAAUAAUAUUAAUAACCUUAAUAAUAAUUUAAAAUAAAUGAAAUUAGAUAAAUUAUGGGAUCAGAAAAUUUAUUUAAAUUAUCAUAGAUUUCAUCUCCUGCUAAUAAAGAUGCUUCUUUAUUUGAAUAGAAUCCAUUUUAUGAUUUUGCAUCAAAUAAAUUUAGAGAGCUACUCAAUCCUGAAAAUAUGAAUAAAUUAAUAAAAAUGAGAGAAAUAGCAAUUGAAGAAAGACAUAAAAAUGAAAUUGAAAAUAUUCAUUAAGCUUUAUAAUAAAAGUAAAUUAGUUUAAAAACAUUUGAAAAAUAAAAAUUCAAAAUUGAAAAAUGGGUUACAAAAGAAAAAGAAGACUUUAAAUAACAAAAAUCAAAUAUUGAAAUUGGAUGGAAAGGUUUAUAUGAAUCCUUUAUAAGAACUUAAAAAGAUUUGCUAUUCAUGUCUAAAUUGAAAAAUUAGUAAUUAACUUCUUCAUUCUCAAGUGAAAAUAUAACUAAUAUAAGAUCAAUCAGAGAAAUCAAUUCAGCUUCUUAAUCAAAAAUAGUUAAAACUAAUAAUUUUGAUACUGUAACUAUGAAUUUUAGUUCUUCUAUUUGUGAAUCAUAAGAUAUUAGGAAAGUUCCAAAAUCUACUCCUUCUCCAUCUCCACAUCAAUAAUAAAAAUAGAUUUAUGAAUAAUUGGAAUGGGAUGAUGAAAUGUUGUACACUAGUGAUGUUUUAGAUUGUGCUAAAAUUCAACAACCUUAAGUGAUUAAAGUAUCAACACUUAUCCAAAAGGAACCUGAAUAUGAUGAUUCUUAAAUAUAAUCAUAUUGUAUUUUAAUUGCAAAUUCAAUAAUUGGAAAUGAAAUUUAAGAUAUGUAUGAAGAAUUAAAGAUAUAUAAUAAAGAUAUCACAAAAUCAAUAAAAUUACAAGAGUUAAAAGGAAUCAAGUCAAAUAUUUCAUAAGUUAAGAUCUAUUUAACUAGAUUAGAAUAAUACUUUUUAUAAUCUGAUAAGAAAACCCAAUUAAUCUAAAGAAUAAAUACUCCUUUAGGACCAACUCCAAAAGAAAUCUUGAAAUUUUUCCAUUAUUAUGAUGAAGAAGAUGAUUAUUAAUCAAGUGAUUAAGAUUAUUCAAAUUAAGCUAUCUUAACGACAGAAUAAUAUGCAUAAUUAGAAAAUUAACUUAUGGAAGAAGAAUUAAUGUAAUCAGAUGAUGGAUUUUUAUUGGAAUUAGAGCAUAUUCAUAAUAAAGUGUUGUUUGAUGCACUCAAUGAAGCUUUGGAUGAUUAUAGACCAUUUGGAUUAAAUGGUUUUCCCUUACCCUGGAUUAAACAGCCUUUAGAAUUAAUAUAAAGGUAAUAAAUAUUAAAAAUGAUUAUAGAAAUAAGAAAUAGGAAACUCUUUAAUAGAUUUUAUAGGGAGCAAUAUAAUAAGUUAUUGAUUGGGCAUAAUUCUUAGUAGGUUUGAUAAUUGAUAAACCAGACUCUCCCUUUCCAAAAAUUCUAAUGCUUGAUUAAGAAUACUUAAAUUAAAUUAAAGAGGAGAGAAUGAUAAGAAUGCUUAAUUAAGAAGUAUUUAUUUUAAUGAUAAUAAAUAGAUUUAUCAAAAUGAAGAGAGAUGGUUGAUAUAUGAUGAGGAAUAAUCUGAAAUUUUAGUUGAAAUUUCAUUAAUGGUUUAAGAUUAAUUAAUUGAUGAAUGUUUAAAAGAUCUAUUACAGUUUUAAUGA